UAAAUUGCCACCCCAAAAUCCAAAUCCCACACACAACACACAAACACACAAAAUACACAACAAAAUCCAACUCCCACGCACAAAACACACAUUUAGGAAAGAAAAAUAGCCACCACAAAGGCUAGUAAGAUGGAGAACUUCCCAGUAAUCAACAUGAAAAACCUCAAUGGUAACAAGAGAGCUUCCACCAUGGAGCAUAUAAAGGAUGCUUGUGAAAACUGGGGUUUCUUUGAGUUGGUGAACCAUGGAAUCCCACACGAGAUGAUGGACACAGUUGAAAGAUUGACAAAAGGUCAUUACAAGAAAUGCAUGGAGCAAAGGUUCAAGGAGUUGGUGGCAAGCAAGGCUUUAGAGGGUGUACAAGCUGAGGUUACGGAUAUGGAUUGGGAGAGCACAUUUUUCUUGCGCCACCUUCCUGUCUCAAACAUUUCACAAGUCCCUGAUCUAGAUGAUGAAUACAGGACCCUCAUGACGGAGUUUGCUGUAAGAUUAGAAAAAUUGGCUGAAGAACUUCUUGAUUUACUAUGUGAAAAUCUUGGUCUUGGGAAGGGCUAUUUGAAGAAAGCCUUUUAUGGUUCAAAAGGUCCCAAUUUUGGCACCAAGGUUAGCAACUACCCUCCAUGUCCCAAGCCAGAAUUGAUUAAGGGACUUCGACCACACACUGAUGCUGGUGGGAUUAUCUUGCUUUUCCAAGAUGAUAAAGUAAGUGGUCUACAACUCCUCAAGGGUGAUCAAUGGAUUGAUGUCCCUCCAAUGAAGCACUCUAUUGUGGCCAACCUUGGUGACCAACUCGAGGUACACUUUAAUUUCUUGGGAUAA